UACUUCCCGAUCCUUCGCUGCUGUGAGGUGAAGUGGUCCAGAGCAUCCUCGUCGGUCUCUUCGCCUGACUCCCGGCUCGCGCGCCGGUUGCGGAGCCCCGAGUGUCCAGUAUCCUCCUCACCCGCACUUCGCUAGGCCGCCGUCGCCAUGUCUGCGCCGUCUUUUGGGCAGGAGCAGGAGGAGGAGGGCGGCGCCUACGAGAGCCUGACCAAGCGGCUGAAGCCCAGCGCCGCUGCCGCCGCUGCGGAGGGCGAGAGCCGCGAGCAGGCCGCCUCUCGCACCGGGGACUGCUCUGGAGGGAAUGCUGGUGGAAGUUUUCACAAAGUUCCUGUUUCUCCUGUGGUCCAUGUCCGAGGGCUCUGUGAAUCAGUUGUGGAGGCGGAUGUUGUGGAGGUGCUUGAAAAAUUUGGAACCAUAUGUUAUGUGAUGAUGAUAUCAUUUAAACGCCAGGCUUUGGUAGAAUUUGAGGAUAUUGAAAGUGCCAAAAAAUGUGUGACAUUUGCAUUAAGUGAACCAUUAUAUAUAGCUGGGCAACAAGCAUUUUUCAAUUACUCUACAAGCAAAAGAAUUACUCGUCCGGAAAACACAAACAGUGUCUCUGGUGGGAACAAAGUUCUUCUCUUAUCAAUUCAGAACCCUCUAUAUCCAAUUACAGUGGAUGUUUUGUAUACAGUGUGCAACCCUGUGGGGAAAGUAAAACGUAUUGUCAUAUUCAAGAAGAACGCAAUACAAGCCCUGGUUGAGUUCAAAUCGGUUCUCUGUGCUCAGAAGGCAAAAGCAGCACUCAACGGAGCAGAUAUAUAUGCAGGAUGUUGUACACUAAAAAUAGAAUAUGCAAAGUCAACUCAACUUAAUGUCAUUCGAAAUGACAAUUGUAGUUGGGACUAUACAAAACCAUAUUUGGGCAGAGAUAGAGGGGAAGGCAGUCAGAGGCAAGCUCUUCUGGGAGAGCACCACUCCUCAUUUAGGCAUGAUGGUUAUGGAUCGCGUGGUCCUCUGUUACCACUACCGAGCCGAUCCCAAAUGGCAUCUCGGGAUACUCCAGAACUUGUUGCUUACCCACUUCCCCAGGCCUCCUCAUCUUACAUGUAUGGGGGGAACACCUCAGGUUCUGUUGUCAUGGUUACUGGACUGCACCAGCAAAAGAUGAACUGCUCAAGAAUCUUCAAUUUGUUCUGCUUGUAUGGAAAUAUUGAGAAGGUGAAGUUUAUGAGGAGCAUUCCAGGCACAGCUUUAGUGGAAAUGGGUGAUGAAUAUGCUGUUGAAAGAGCAGUCACGCAUCUCAACAAUAUCACAUUAUUUGGGAAGAGAAUUAAUGUUUGUGUGUCCAAACAGAAUUCAGUUAUUCCUAGUCAGUUAUUUGAGCUGAAAGAUGGGACAAGCAGCUCUAAAGAUUUUACAAUGAGCAAGAACAAUCGCUUUACUAAUGCUGGUCAAGCUUCCAAGAAUAUCAUUCAGCCACCAUCUUGUGUGUUGCAUUACCAUAAUGUUCCGCUGUGUGUAACUGAAGACACCUUUGUAAAGCUGUGUGAUGAUCAUAAAGUUCUACGUUUUAUCAAACACAAAGUAUUUGAUCCAAAGCCUUCAGCCAAAACGCUUUCUGGUCUGCUGGCGUGGGAAUGCAAGACUCAUGCAAUGGAAGCACUUUCAGUACUUAAUCACUACCAAAUAAAAGACCCUAAUGGCUCUGAUCCUUAUACAUUGAAGCUUUGCUUCUCUACUUCCUCCCAUUUGUAGAGCAGAGGACAAUAUGUUAAGGAGCUCCUUCCAUCUUUAUUUACAAACUUGAUGAAAUCAUGUUGCCUGCAGGCUCUAGGUUUUCUUGUCCCGAUCUAACUUAAGUUCACUUUGUUUUAUCUAAAGGGGUUUGAACUGCCUUGUAGGUAACAUGUUCAAAACCUGUAUACAGACCUUAAACACAGUUUCCAUACAGCAGUAAAAUUUUCAUUUACAAUCACUAUUUUCCACUUUGGUUUAAAUGGCAAGUUGGAUUAUUUCA